UUGUCUACGGCCGAAGCUUUUUCCUCAUCCCGGCGGCGAACAUACGUCUUGCGUCUCAUCAGCUGGGUUGGACCAUUCUGCUGAAGGGGUGUAAGCCACACGAUCUCAAACACGUUUUUCGCGUCAUGCUGGCGUCGUGGUCUUGAUGCUCCUACCUGGGAUGGCGUUGGCGUGCACGCAUUUAGCGCUUCAAGUUCUUGUUGAUGCGAGGCACUGUGUGCGAGGUCGACUCCUGUGUCGCAUUUGUGUGCCUACAGGAUGCAGGUUUUCAUGCAGCGGUCAAAGAAGGACGCUGACGAGGCUAAGCUACUACCACCGACCCGGAAAAGAGCGCCUCUUUUCCUACACGGUCGGUGACGUUAUUGACAGGACAGCGGAAGCACGGGGUGAAAAUCUCGCCGUUGUGUCCUGCCACCAGUCCAUCAGGAAGACGUACGCGGAGUAUAAGAUGGACAUCGACCACUUUGCAGCCGCCCUGAUGUCACUGAAGUUGGGCAUUGGCUCCAGAAUAGCAAUUGUUGCACCCAACAUGUACGAAUGGGCCGUCGUGUUGUUCGCAGCUGCCAAGGCAGGUUUAGUAUUGGUCAACGUGAACACGACCUACGAAAUUCACGAACUGGAACACUGCCUGAAUCACACGGACUGCAAAGCCGUGAUUUUGUCGGAGCAGUUUUCGAAACAGGACUACUACAAGAUGCUCGUUAAAUUGGCGCCGGAGUUGGUAUCGAGCUCUUUUGGUGAUGUCAAGAGUGCAAGGCUACCCAGCCUGAAGCACGUCAUAUUCAUCGGAGAAACAGCCAAACCGGGCACGGUUAGGUUCGCCGAUUUGAUGGAGUCUGCUACGAGCGAACACCUCCGUGCCGUGCACUGUACUGCCUCCCAGUUGCAGAUGGACGACGCUGUCAACCUGCAGUUCACAUCUGGAACAACAGGAAAGCCCAAGGCGGCACAGCUGUCCCACUUCAACAUAGUAAACAACGCCUAUCUGGUAGGCCGGAGGCUCAACCUACACAAGCAGGGGGAGGUGAUUUGUCUGAACGUUCCAUUGGUUCACUGCUUUGGUUGCGUCGCUGGCAUAAUGUCGGCGGCCAUUUUCGGGUCCACGGCGGUAAUGCCGGCACCGAGCUUCAGUGCAGCUGCGGCGUUGGAGAGUAUUACAGCAGAAGAGUGCACUUUCAUCUACGGUACACCAACCAUGUACAUUGACAUGCUGCAGCAUGUGGGACACGGUUGUUACGACGUUUCAUCCGUUCGAACAGCUGUCGUGUCUGGCGCACCUUGCCCGAACCACUUGGCAAAAGGCAUCACGGAAAAUCUCAACGCAAAACGCAUCCAUGUUUUGUAUGGCACAACGGAAACGAGUCCAAUAGUUACAGCGAAUGACCCGAACGAACCUGUGGAUCAGUGGAUAACUUCGGUGGGAAGGCCUUUGGACCACGUUGAGGUAAAGAUCGUGGACGAUAAAAACAGGAUUGUUCCCGCCUCUCAGAGGGGCGAGCUGUGUGUCCGAGGCUAUGCCGUUUUCAAGGGCUACUUCAAGGAAGACAAGAAGACAAAGGAAGCCAUACGCAAUGGCUGGUACCACACUGGUGACUGCGCCAUGAUGUCUGAAGACGGCCGGGUCUCCAUCCUGGGUCGCAUGAGGGACAUGAUCGUGCGCGGAGACGAGCAUGUAUACCCGCAGGAGGUCGAGAACUUCCUCUACACCCAUCCCGCCGUGCAGGAAGUGCAGGUGGUUGGCGUCCCGGGCGAAGAACAAAAGGAGGAAGUAUGUGCAUGGAUUAAGCUGAAGCCAGGAUUUAGCCUCAGCCAGGAGGACAUAAAAUGUUUUUGCAAAAGAACGCUGAGCCACUACAAGAUUCCAAGAUAUGUACUGUUUGUGAGCGAAUUUCCCAAGACAGUAUCCGGAAAGGUCCAGAAACACGUCAUGAGGGAAGAGAGUCGCAAGAUACUACACUUAUGAGUCUUCUCCAACGUUCAUUGUUUGUUAAUAA